AUGACUUUCCCACAGCUCCCAGACUUCCUGUGGGACAAGAAAACAUUCGCUAUUGCCACAUCUGACCCUGGCUACCUAAUACAAGUUCUCUUCUUCUUCCUAUUCCUCAUAACUCUGGUCACUCUACCCAUUGCACUCUGGAAACUUACCAAAGACAAAGGCAAUCAGAACACAGAACCAGAAGCGAUGCUGCUGGCAUAA